GCUGAAGAGAAAAAACUGGCAUUUGCUAACACGAACAACCACAACCAACCGAACCAACUAUAACCAACAGCUAGUCCUCACAAUGAAUGGUGUAUAUGGUAUUCCCAGAGCCACUAAGCAAGAGCCUGUCUCGCGAUUCCAGAAGUUCAAAGAGUCGCCAGCGUAUCCUGUGGUGUUGAAUGUUUCUCUCUUUGCUGCUGGUGUCUGGUUCAUCCAGUCUGAGAUAAUGGACUUGAUGGUUCCUCAGUAAGUAUUGGGCUGAUUGCCUCACUGUAAAUAACUAUGUACUCUCUCCUAUAUAAUCGUCUAAUGAAGUAGCUUAACAUCAGUUUGUCCAGUCUUAGCGUAGUAGUAGCUUGUUUCAACCUCCCAUCAGAGCAAAACUUUCUUCUCUCCUCUCCUUUUGCUUUCCUUUAGAAGCACAACAGCUCGAAUCCACCAAUCUCCAGUGCUGCUGCAAUUUGUUGAGAAUCUGCUCAACAAACACUGAGAGAAUAGCCACUUAGAGGAAUACGAAACGAGUGCUACGUUAGUG